GUUCCUCUAUGUAACACAGGAAACAGGAAAUAAUGAAACGUCAUAGGCUCAUGGAUAAUGCUCUUCUGUUUGAAAUGUUUAAAUAUGAGCCAGUGUAGAAGUCCCGUUUUUUUUUUAGCAAUUAUUACUGUUAUCCACCAGAACUAAUGUACUUACGGACCAGGAGCAACACCGAUAAGUGCAAUGUCUGCUUCGCUCCCUCAGAAGGCUCUUGGUCCAGGUUUGCCUGUCAUGCCCCCUUCGCAGCAGCAGCAGCCGCAGACACACACACCUCCUGGCCUCGCGCAGCCUGGGAUGCCCCCACAAGGUGCCCUACGGGAAAUCUCUCCCGUUUACCUGUGCCGCAUCGGUCAGGAGACUGUCCAGGACAUCGUCACACGCACUAUGGAGAUCUUCCAGAUCACACGGGCCUGUCAGCUUCCCAACGGUGUGACACAGAGUCAGGCAGCGUAUCAGGACCGCUUUGGGAAGCUGCAGGAGCAUCUGCGUCAGCUGACACUGCUCUUCCGUAAGCUGCAUCUACUGUAUGAACGCUGUGCAGAACUGACACCUGACCUCCAGGAGUCUCCAGCUGAGCUGAUUCCUUAUGUGGGAGAAGAGACGACACCUGUGAGAGCGGAGGCGUGCAGCCCAGCGGUUAUUCAGGAGAGACAGGAGGUUCUAGAGAAAGUGAGACAGAAGAACCAGGAGAUGAAGGUGCUAAUGGACCAGAUGAGGAACCUCCUGUGGGACGUCAAUGCUAUGCUCACGAUGCGAAAAUGACAGUGGUAUGCUUCCUAGUAAACAUCUGGCCAUCUUCUGCGAACCCUCAUCUGCGGUCUUCUCACUCUCACACAGAUCGCAGUGGAUGGCAGACUGCCUUUCAUUCACUACUCUUGCAAAUGCUACAUAAUAUUUCAUCUUGACAAAUGAGAUCAGACUCUGCAGCUCUUUGUGGUCCUGCCUCAUUUACAGCGGUAAAUCACAAUGCUCUGAUUAAUAACCGCUUCGUCAAAGUGCCAAAUUAGCAUCAGAAACAGGAAAUAAUGUGAAAGCCAUGUUGAUAAUGUAAGCUAGCCAUGUUGUUGGCAUGAUAAAUGAGCACUGAGGACUGAGCUUUGUAAAUAACGGUGCUUACACUUUGGUCUUCUGUGCGCUGAACUGUGUGAUGUGUUUCACACUCUUGCUCCUCAGCAAAUAUGUACUCAGGUAGAGUGUGUGUUUCCCUGAGCUCUGCAUUACACUCCUGAUAAUCUGCCUUCUGGGGCAAGGGUCGUCUAAAAAGAAGCUAAUGAAUUGUAGAAUGAUAGGUUUUGUAAACUAAAGACUUUAUACAAAAUAAAAAAAAAGAAAAACAACUUGCAUCUUUUCUUUUAAAAAAUACAAAAAGAAAUUCUUAACAGCAAUUGACAUUUUCUGCCAUGUAACAUACAAUUCCAUCUAAAACUAGACAUAUUUAUAAUGUUAAAAAGCUUAUAUUUCAAAUAAAUGCUGUUAUUUUGAACUGACUAUUUAUCAAAUAUUCCUGAAAACAUUUAUCAGUUUCCAUUAAAAUAUUAGUCAGCACAACUGUUUUCAACAUUGAUGAUAAAAAGAAAUGUUUCUUGAACAGCAAAUCAGCGUAUUAGACA